GGAAACAAGACCAUCACUCUUUCCUCCGAAAGUAUGAAGACUGUGAGGUUGCUACUGCUCUCGCUAUUGGGCGCCGGCCUGCUGGCCACCUCGAUGGUGGAGGCCAUCGUGGCCGGCGUGGACUUUGGUGGUGAGUUCUUCAAGGUGGCGCUCGUCAAGCCCGGUACACCUUUCGAGAUCGUCACUAACGUACACAGCAAGCGCAAAACCGAGACGAUGGUUGCUUUUGACGGUGAUGAGCGUCUCUACGGCGCUGAUGCUGCCACUGUGGGUGUGCGUAGGCCACAGACAGCGUACGCACAGAUCCGCCGCCUACUAGGCACGACACUGAGCGACCCACAGGUCUCUUCCUUACUGGACGAGGAGCACUUCCCUUAUGAGCUCAUUCAGAACGCCACUCGCGGUGGCACUAUCUCGCUAAAGCACGGCAAGGAGCAGACUUAUCAUGCCGAGGAGCUAGUGGCCAUGGUCUUCACUCACGCGCGUCAGAUCACCGACACGUUCGCGGAGGCGCCUGUUAAGGACUGGGUGCUUACAGUGCCUACUUUCUUCUCGCAGGCGCAGCGUCAGGCAAUGCUUGAUGCCGCCGAGAUCUCGGGAGUUCGUGUCCUGUCUCUGAUUAAUGAGAACACGGCUGCGGCUCUGCAACUGGCUGUACACGCAAGCUAUGACCCUGAGGACAAGCCCAAGAAGAUUUUGUUCUUUAAUAUGGGAUCCACUUCAUUGCAAGUGAGUAUUGCCGAGUUCUCUAGUCAAGUGGUGCCCGAUGGCUUUAAGAAGAACAAGACGAUCUCGACCUUCCAGACGAUCAGCAAUGCGUGGGAUGAGUCUCUGGGUGGUGCCAAGUUCGACUUGCGUCUGGCUGAGCACCUGGCCAAGGAGUUUAGUGACAAAAUCGGUGAAGAUAUCCGUAAAGUCGCCCGUCCGAUGGCCAAGAUCCGCGCUCUAGCCAAGAAGACCAAGACGGUUCUCUCGGCCAAUGAGGAGAUCCCCGUGGUCAUGCAAAGUUUGUACAACGACAUUGACUUCUUCACGUCCAUGACUCGAUCCAAGCUCGAGGAGCUCUCUUCGGACCUGUUCGAACGCACUUUGAAGCCUGUGGAGGUGGCUCUGGAGAAGGCUGGCCUGACUGCUGCCGAUAUCGACGAGGUUGAGAUCAUCGGUGGCGGUGUGCGUAUGCCCAAGAUCCAGCAGCAGCUCUCCGAGUUCUUUGACGGCAAGGAUCUGGGUGUGCACCUCAAUGGAGACGAGGCUAUGGCUCUGGGUGCCGCGUUCCGUGCAGCUAACUUGAGUAAUUCCUUCCGAGUGCGUCAAGUGGGGAUGACGGACAUUGCGUCAUACCCGAUCGGUGUGCGUCUCGUCGACUUGUCGGCUACAGAGUCCUCGGACAGCAACAACGAUGAUGAGGUGGAGACCAAGCAGUGGAUGAAGCGAGCGGCGCUGUUCUCCGAGUCGCACCGUCUUGGUCUUCGUAAGUCCGUGUCGUUCUCGCACUCCACUGACAUUUCGUGUACCUUCCGCUACGACAAGCCGUCGAUGCUGCCGGCGGGUGUGAGUGUCCAGAUCGCCAAGUGGAACGUCACAGGCGUGGAGAAGUUUGCUGCUCGCAUGGCUGACAAGAAGUUGGGCGAGCCGAAGGUGACGCUCUCGUUUGAGCUGGACAGCAAUGGUAUUGCUCAGAUUGCGAAGGCGGAGGCCACGCUGGAAGAGGAGGUUGAAGUGGAAGUGGUCGUGAAGAAGGACAAGAAGAGUAAGAAGACGAAGAAGGACGAGAGUGCUGACAGUAGCGCGGCUGGCGACGAGGAGGAAGCCGAGGAGAAGCCCGAGACGAGGAUGGAGAAGCAGGUCGAGACGCAUCGUGAGAAGUUGACGGUCGUGCGAGCCCACGAGACGCGUGAGCCGGAAAAGGACACGAGUGUGAUGCCUAUGAGCGAGACGGUCAAGAAGGAGUCGAUGCGGAUGCUGAACGAGAUGGAGAAGGCCGACAACAAACGUCGCGCCGACUUGGAGGCCAAGAACAGCCUCGAGACGUUCAUCUACAAGGCGCACGACGCGCUGUCCGCCCAGGAGAGCGACAUGAAGCUGGUUACGGUGCCCGAGCAGAUUGAGUCGCUCAAGACGAAACUGGACGAGACGGAGGAGUGGCUGUACGAUGACGGCGACAAGGUGGGGGCUGCUGAGUACAAGAAGAAGAUGGACGCGUUGGACUCGGACCUCAGCGCCAUCCUCUUCCGAGUGGCGGAGAUGAAGGAGCUGCCGAUCGCCAUCAACACUGCGCAGGAGUACGCCUUCAGCACGCGGGAGCUCAUGAACGAGUGGAGCACGAGCAAGCCGCAGGUGACGGAUGACGAGCGUAGUGACGUCGUAGAGAAGCUUGGCGAACUGGAAGCGUGGCUGACGGAGUCCGAGACGUCGCAGAAGGCUGCACCCAAGCACGAGAAGCCGGUGGUGACGUCGGCGGAUGUCGCCAAGAAGGUCCAGGGAGUGAAGAAGUUUGUCGCUGUCCUAGCCAAGCGACCGAAGCCGCAACCAGUCAAGAUCGACAAGAACGACACCGAAGAGGAAGAGUCCAAGGGUGACGCUAAGACUGAGCAAGAGACCUCGAAAGAUGUCGACACGGAGACUGAAUCCGAGGUCAAGGAGACAGAGGAGAAGGAAUCGAUUGACGAGAAGGAUGAAUUGUAGAAAAGACACAGCAAGGAGCUUAUCAAACUAAAGAAUCUUCACCCCUUGCAUCCAGAAA